CUGCAUCCAAUAGCAGCAGUGGGUGUUGUUAGCAGUGGGAAGGGCAGAUUGUUGCAGCUGAGUGGAUUUCACUGAGAUCCACGUUGUGGAUUAAAUAUUUUCAGUAAACACACAGUCUUGAUAGUGUGUGUAGCUGCGGCUGCUCCAGGUGUGUGUGGAUGGGGGGAAACAGCCCGAGUCACCUCUCUCAUGAGGAUGGUGAAGGCGGAGGAAUUACUUUUGUGAAGGGCAUUCGGCUGUCGGAUAAAGUGAUCAAUCGGAUGAAACAGUCUUCAAAGGUUCCUCAGCUCUCUCAGAAUGGACGUCCUCCGCCACAAACAUCUGAAACCCAAACACCCACUCCAGUCCCCCCCCCGUCUGUCCGACACUUGAUACCUCUUCUGGCACCUCCACCAUCUCCUCUGUUCAUUCCACCUCCAUUAGUGGAACCUGUUCCUCCUGUAAAACUCGUCCCUCCUCCUCCUGUAAAGUUUCACUCCCUACCUCCACCUGUAGAGACCAAAUCUCCACCUCUAACCGCCCCUGUAGUCUCAGACCCCGCUCCACCACCUUCUCCUUCCCAAGAAGCCCCAUCUACACCUCCGUCAGUGGAACCUCCUCCUGCUGUAAAGGUUCACUCCCUGCCUCCUACCUCUGUGGAUCCUGUGGCCCCACCAAAAACUCCACCUCUAACCGACACUGUUGUCUCGGCCCCUAUACCUCCUUCUCCACCUACCCCACAAGUACCUGUGGAGCUUGAAUCUCCUCCACCUCCUGCUGAAUCCUUUAUCCCACCUCAUAUAGAAACAGAAAUCCUGUCAGAACACAGCUUCAAACCUGUGAUCCUAGCUCCACCUGUAGAAUCAGCUGUAGCUCCACCUGAACCUUUAGCUUCACCUCUGCCUUCUGAAACAUCUCCAACAACUAUUGAGCAUGCUGCUGUAACUCCCUCUGUUGAAGCUCUUGAAGUGGUCGUUUUGUCUGUGCCACCAGUGGAAACCGUUCAACCUCCGCCCGCUGUUGAUUUAACACCAGUUGAACCAAUAACACAACCCUGUCCUGUUGACUCAGUUCCAGUUGAAGCUGUAGUUUUACCUCCCCAAGUGGAGACGACUCUUGUUGAGCCUGCAGUCCCACCCACUGCAGUUGAAAAAGAAGUGCCUCCAGUUGUGGCUUCAACUGUCGAUCCACCACCUACAUGUAAACUGCUCCCACCUCCACCUUCUCCAGAGCCUGUGGCAGCACCCUCUCCCCCUCCUGAGCCUGUGGCGGCACCGUCCCCCCCUCCGGAGCCGGUGGCGGCAGCAUCUCUCCCUCCAGAACUUGUGGCAGCACCGUCCCCCCCUCCAGAGCCUGUGGCGGCAGCGUCUCUCCCUCCAGAGACGGUGGCGGCACCGUCUCCCCCUCCAGAGCCUGUGGUGGCAGCGUCUCUCCCUCCAGAGACGGUGGCGGCACCGUCUCCCCCUCCAGAGCUCACUUGUAAAGAACCUUUGCCAUCCUGUCACUGUGUGGAGCUGGCCAUCAUGCCCACUGAUGCACCUGUAUGUGAACCCUUCGUAGAGCCUCCCGCACCACCUCUACCUGCUCCAACUCCCCCUGCUGAGGAGCCCCCCAAAACCCUGUUUUUGUACCCUGUUGUUGAGGACAAAGUACCUUCUGUCGCUUCAGCGCCACCACCUGCAGCAGCCCCGCCUGUUCCUCCUGAAGUGAUGGAGGAAGAGUUGAGGCAGAAGAUCAAAGAGGAGAUGCAGAUGAGUCUGGAAGAGGAGAUCAACCAGAAAAGGCAGGAGCUGCAGCAACAGCUGGAGGAGAUGAGGGCUCAGGCUCAAGCAGAGGCCCAAGCAGCCGCUCAGGCUCAGGUGGAGGAGCAGGUGAAAAAGACGCUGGAGUUGGAGAAGGCGGCGUACGUGGAGAACCUGACCGACUCCAUCAUGAAAGAGCGAAUGAAGACUGACGACGAAAGGCUCAUGGUGCAGCUUUAUCGGAUGGAGCUGAAGGCUCAUCAGCUGGAGGAGAGGGAGAAAGAGUUGAUGAAACGAGACACUCUCUACAAGGAACAUAUCACAAAACUUGAAGCAAAGUGCACUGAGUUUUACAAAGUGACUGCUGAGAGCUUCCAGAAGGGCAAGGAAGAGACUCACAACCGCUUUGCGCGUUUCCAUAUCCAGCCGGUGUGUGGUGACUUGCAGAGUCAGAUUUUAAAAUGCUACAAGGAGAACACAGGAAAGACUCUGUCCUGCUCGAAUAUCGCCUCGGCAUACAUGCAGUGUGUGGACAAUGCCAAGAAGAGUAAAUUGAGCACUGGAGGUUAAUAUGGACCACUUGAUGAGGAUGACAACAUCUUAAAGCUUUACUGCUGCAGGAAAGACAAGCUGAUGGACAGAAUUCAACAAAGAGACAAGUUCCAGGAAACGGAGUCACAUGAGAAUCAACUCCAGCCUUUACAUGUAUCUGGAAGAAGUAGCAAAUACUGUACCCAGGCCAGUAGUCUGGUCUCGUACUGUUGAUGUCAAGUUUGAGAUCAUUUUGAAACCUAUGUGCCACAUAAAUCAUUUUAAGUUCUUGUCUUUGUAAAUGAAAUGGAAUGAAACACAACAAAGGAGCAGAAAGGUUAAACUUGUGAAACCAAGUAAGGUAUUUGUAUGAGAUCUAUAUGGUGAAGGAGAUCCUGGUAAAUCAUUAUUUAUGUGUGCCUUGAAGUUAUGAAAGUCAAAUAUAGGAUUGCUGAUGCAUGAAAGAACUGUUUAGCAAAGUGUGAAGUACCAAAGAUCUGUGCAAGGUUAUUGUACUGUAUAUACAUUUUUUCAGGGGUUAUUUCUGGUGCAUGCGAAAGCAUUUAAUUAAACCUCUAUAAAUUUGUUGUGAAAUCACA